AUGGAUUUGGUGUUAAGCUGGUUGGGCUUGGUUCGGAGUAAGGCACACUUAGCAGAUCCAGGUCCUUCGAUCAAAGAACUUUUAAAUACAACAAGUGAUAUGGAUCUAAUUGAAGAGAUUAUGAAUGGCUGGUCGGGAAAAGCGAUGGAGUUGGUUCUUUACGGGGAUGAGUGGCAAGAUGUUGGCGACAAGUUGUUGCCGCAUAUCCCAGUGGAGAAUGAUGUGAAAGAGUUAUAUCUCAACUCUAUAACUAUUGUCGUUUUGAAAAGCUAUCCUAUGCACCGUAAACUUCUUGGAGGAAUGGCUGCUGGUGUUAUGGGAUUGAGAGGCCGCGUUUCUCGAUAUCGCAAUGUUUCGACACAUCAUAAACUUUCAUCGUUUCAUUAUAUGAUGAUGGAUUUACCUGGUUCUGUCUCGGAAUCCCAUCAAUUUGCGCAGUAUGAUAAUACUAAGCCUCUUUCAUUCUUCUUAUUAUCAGAGGGGGGUAUAAUUGCGUUAUUGGGAUUUGGGCGAGCUGGCGCCCGCGUUGUUUUAAAAUACGGGCAUGCCGGGGGCAGCGGGAGUGGGAGUGGGAGUGGGAAGGCAGGUCUUCGACUCGCAGGAUGGAACGAAGAAACGGCUGCAGUUGCUCGAUCGCAGGCAGUUAGAGAGAAGACGAUUUUGUUGAUCACAACAGGAGCCCCAAUAUCGAUCAAACCAACAACUCGUUCAAACAGGAUAGGAUUCUCUCUUCUUUCGCAACAUGUGAACCAUACCGCAGCUAUUGCAUUCAUCAAGGGAAGUGAUGCUCUGAUGUCUUCGAAGACAAGCAAAUCACCACAACAGAAAAGGAAGGCAGAAAUCAUUUUACUGUGUGGUAUGGUGAUACUGAAAAACAUUGAUAGAGUUUGA